AUGAAAUUCUUCUUAUUACUAGCUCUAACACUUGUAAUUAUUUAAACAGAACAAAUUCCAGAAAUUGAUGGAAUAUUGUAACUCAGCCGUAGAAAUUUCUAAUAAGCAUUGGAUACACAUCCUAGAUUAUUGGUCAAAUUUUAUAUUGAUACUUGUGGAUAUUGGUAUUGAUUUUGAAUUGAACUUAAGUUAAAAAAUGAAGCCUGUCUUUAUUCAAUUAGCUUAAAGAUUGAAAGAAUAUGGAUUUGUAUUAGGAGAAGUAAAUGCAUAAGAAAGUAAAUCUUUGGCAGCAAAACAUAAUGCAAAUGCUUAUCCAACUUUGAAAUUGUUUAGAAAUGGAGAGUCUCAUGAUUUUAUAAAUUCUUCUGAUUCUUUAGAAAUGCUCUUUGAAUUUGCUUUAUAACAUGCUUAUGGACCAAUCACUAAAUUAUAUAAUCAAGAAGAGGUAAAAACAUAUAUUAAGAUUGAUUAGGUUGAUUUAUUUGUAAAAAGAUCAAAUAUAGCAUUACUUAAAUAUGUAAAUAAUUAGGAUGAUUUAUCAUCAUUAAGUUUGGAACAUGUACAAGUGAGAAUUGGUAUAAUAGAAAAUGAUGGAUUAAGAUAUGGUUAUCCUUAUAAAUACACAUUGAUUAAUAAGGAUAUUGAGAAACCAUUGCAUUAUGAUGGAGAAAUAAAUGGUUUGUCAGAAUUUAUUUCAAAAAAAGGUUAUCCAUUAGUAUUUUCAUUAAAUGAAGAAGAAUUUAUGAAAGCAGAAAGUGAUAAAAUUCCAUUGAUUGGAAUAGCAGGAUAAAAGAAUAGUGUUUUACAUAAAAGAUUUAAAUAUGUAGCAGAAUAAUAUUAAAAUACUACAAGAUUUGUAAUAAUAGAUCCAAAAAUGGAUUUGUGUAAUAGAAGAUUUGAAUAUUUAAUAAAAUAAAGUCCUGUGAUUUAGAAUACAAUUUAUUAUUACGAUUAUGAGUAUGAAUAAUAAUAUAAUAAUUUAGAACAUAGAAAACAACAACAACAACAUUUAGUGAUGAUUCAGUAGGAGCAUUAAAAAAGGUAGUAGAAUCUUUGAUAGAAGAAGUAACAAGACCUAAAAGAGAAGCAUAAAGAUUAGCAAGAUUAAUAAAAGGAGAUGGUUAAGUACAUAAAUUAACAACAGAGAAUUUUAAAGAAUAAGUAUUUGAUAAUCAUAGACAUGUAUUUGUUAAAUUUUAUGCUCCAUGGUGUGGUCAUUGUUAAACAUUAGCACCAACUUUUGAAAAAUUAGCAUAAGAAUUAUAGAGAGAUGAUUUAGUAAUUGCUGAAGUAGAUCAUACAGCAAAUUAAUUUGAUGAAAUUCCAAUAGAAGGAUAUCCUACUUUAUAUCUUUUUAAAUAAGAAGGUGAUAAUAAGACAAGAAAAGAAUAUUAAGGAGAUAGAUCAUUAGCAGGAAUGAAGGCAUUCUUAGAAAGAAAUAUAGGGAAAACUUAAAAUGAAGAAAUAAAGAUACAUGAAUAAAGCGAAAUUAAGAAUGAAGGAAUAGUAAUAGAAUUAACUAGUGAUAAUUUUGAUCAUAUUGUAUUGAAUAGUAAAUAAGAUGUAUUGGUUAAAUUCUUUGCUCCUUGGUGUGGACAUUGUAAAGCUAUGGCAGGAUCUUAUAAAGAAUUAGCUAAUAACUUAAAAGAUAAUAAUAAUAUACUUAUUGCUGAAAUGGAUUGGACAACUCAUUAAACAAGUACUGUUAAUAUUAAAGGAUUUCCAACAUUGAUAUUCUUCAAAAAAGGAUAAGAUAAACCACAAUAAAUAUAAUAUGAAUCUGCUAGAACAGUUGAAGCUUUAACUAAAUUUAUAGAUGAAAAUAGUAGCUUUGGAAAAAAGGAAGAGCUAUGA